AUGACUCCUGCUUUACUUCGACUGAAACGAGUAACUUGUGUUAUUAAACCAAUCGAAGACACAAAAAAUAAUAACGUGAAUGAAAAAUCUAAAAAAACUGAAGCAACUAAACCAAAGAAAACACUCACUGAAAACAAUCAACAGGUUGUUAGUGAUAUUGUAUUAAAAAAAUAUAAGCCAAUCGAAAGGGCACACAUUCUUAAAACAAUUAGAGCUAUUAAACAAUAUAAUGAUUAUGAAACAAAAAAUUCUAGUAUCACUUCAUUAUUCAACACUGACAAACAACUUCAAAUUACAUUUGAUAUCUUAAAAGAACCUAGAUAUAAUCCUCAUAUAGAUCUUUUAACUGUUCCACAUCCAUUUUAUAAUGAACGUACUGUAUGCUUAAUUUGUGCUAAUCCUAAAAGUUAUAUGAAAGAAAAAGUUGCUAAAACAGGUGUUCAUAUUGAUAAAAUAAUUUCUACUAAACAAAUUAGAGAAAGAUAUAGUACAUUUGAAGCACAAGAUGAGUUAAUGAAGAGGUAUGAUGUUUUCUUAGUAGAAAUUAGAGUUUGUCAUCUUCUUUCAGUAUUAUUCAAUGGUAGAAUCCGUUCAAAUAAUAUUUUUAUUCCAGUGUUCUGUGGAGAGCAUUCUAUUAAAGAACAAGUAGAAAAAGCAACUAAAAGCAUUCCAUUUACUCCUCUUCGUUUAUGUGAUCUUUCACUUCCAUUUGGGGUUCUUUCUCAAAGUGAUGAUGAUCUUGCUGAUAAUUUUAUUGCUCUUACAAAACAAGCAUCAGAAUGUAUUUAUGAAGGUUCUGAUAAUAUCACUCAAAUCCAAGUAAAAGUCAAAGGGGGAUCUAUUGGUUUCCCUGUGUUCCAAGCAUAUUGA